CCAUGUCCAUGAGGAGUCUACACCGGCGCGUCUCUCACCCGGAGGGCGAGGGUGGCGGCGGUGGCGGCCGUUCCGUGACCAGCGCUGGUGGGGGUGGAGGAGGAGGUGGAGGUCGACGGGCACCGAGUCUACGACUGGUGAACGGAAGAGCCAGUUUGCACACCAGCAGCACAGAAUCCGUUCGUUCACCCCAUCACCACCUCGGCCAGCAGCAGGGCGGCAACAAUAACAAUAACAACAACAACAAUAAUAAUAACAACAAUAACUGCCACGCCGGUAAUAACCCCGCCGCGAACAAUCAUCCACGGCUUAACAAAGAUGACAGCAUCAAGAUCAGCAUCGAGAACACGAACACUUGCACGGACAGCCUCGUCACUGCUCUAGACGACGAGACAUUGCUCAUCACCGAUUUCGUAGCCGACACAGGCAACGAGAUGAAUUACAAGGGCAGCGGGAAGGUCCACUUCGGAGUGGACGAUGUGUCCCUCUACGGGACGCCGAAGGAGGAGCCGGGCCCGGGUCUUCCGGGCCAGGAAGUGAAGCAGAGCUUCUUGAAGAACCAGCUUCAGGCCCUGUUCCAGCCUACGGACAACAAGCUGGCUAUGAAGCUGUUCGGCAGCAAGAAGGCUCUGAUGAAGGAACGGAUCAGGCAAAAGGCUGCAGGUCACUGGGUCAUCCAUCCUUGCUCCAGUUUUCGAUUUUACUGGGACCUCUGCAUGCUCCUCCUGCUGGUAGCUAAUCUGAUAAUUCUGCCAGUCGCCAUUAGUUUUUUCAAUGACGACCUAAGCACUAGGUGGAUAGCCUUCAACUGCCUUUCCGACACGAUAUUCCUCAUAGACAUUGUCGUCAACUUCAGGACAGGUAUAAUGCAACAGGAUAACGCCGAACAAGUGAUCCUGGACCCGAAGUUAAUCGCGAAACACUACCUCAGGACUUGGUUCUUUCUCGACCUCAUUUCCUCCAUACCACUAGACUACAUUUUCCUCAUAUUUAAUCAAUUUCAGGACUUUAGCGAGUCCUUCCAGAUCCUGCAUGCUGGCCGUGCUCUCAGGAUCCUCAGGCUUGCGAAACUGUUGUCGCUCGUUAGGUUACUACGGUUGUCAAGACUGGUGCGGUAUGUCUCGCAAUGGGAAGAGGUCUAUAUCCCCCUUUAUCAACAGCCGGAGAGGCACUACGAGCGUCGGGCGACACCGCCCCAACCAGACCGAACCAGCAAGAUAUUGCAGAACCUACAAAAAAAACGCACUGAGCGGAGGGGGCGCCUAAGUUCUGACAAUAUGAGUAAAAAGAAGUCCGGUUUCAGCAAAAGCGACCUUAUUUUUAAGUUCCUGAAUAUGGCGUCGGUGUUCAUGCGGAUUUUUAACCUGAUUUGCAUGAUGCUCCUAAUCGGCCACUGGAGUGGCUGCCUGCAAUUCCUGGUCCCCAUGCUCCAAGGGUUUCCUAGUAACUCAUGGGUCGCCAUCAAUGAAUUACAAGACUCGUUUUGGCUGGAACAAUACUCAUGGGCCCUUUUCAAAGCCAUGUCACACAUGCUCUGCAUAGGAUACGGAAGGUUUCCACCGCAGUCCUUGACCGACAUGUGGCUCACUAUGCUCAGCAUGAUCAGCGGUGCUACCUGUUAUGCACUUUUCCUCGGACACGCCACGAAUCUCAUUCAGUCACUCGAUUCCUCCAGAAGACAAUACCGCGAGAAGGUGAAACAAGUAGAGGAAUACAUGGCCUACCGGAAGUUACCACGAGAAAUGAGACAGAGGAUCACGGAGUACUUCGAGCACCGCUACCAGGGCAAAUUCUUCGACGAGGAAUUGAUCCUUGGAGAGCUCUCGGAGAAAUUAAGAGAAGACGUGAUCAACUACAACUGCAGAUCGUUAGUCGCGUCCGUGCCAUUCUUUGCCAACGCCGAUUCCAACUUUGUCUCGGAUGUCGUUACCAAACUGAGAUACGAAGUCUUCCAGCCAGGUGAUAUCAUCAUCAAGGAAGGUACGAUCGGCUCGAAAAUGUACUUCAUACAAGAAGGCAUAGUCGAUAUCGUGAUGGCGAACGGCGAAGUCGCGACCUCGCUGUCGGAUGGCUCGUAUUUCGGCGAGAUCUGCCUGCUGACGAACGCGAGGAGGGUGGCCUCGGUCCGCGCCGAGACCUACUGCAAUCUCUUCAGCCUCUCGGUGGAUCAUUUCAACGCCGUGCUGGACCAGUAUCCGUUAAUGCGCAGAACGAUGGAAAGCGUUGCCGCCGAGAGGUUAAACAAAAUCGGUAAGAAUCCGAAUCUGGUGGCACACCGCGAGGAGGAUCUUGGCAGCGAGUCGAAAACGAUAAACGCCGUGGUGAACGCGCUCGCGGAGCAAGCUGCGCAUGCUAGCGCCAGUGAAGAAUCGGUACACAGCAUGGAGCUGAGGACUCUUCCAGCUUGCCUGUUGCCCAGACCAAAGUCUGAGAACAAUUUCGCGAGCCAGGAGCUCUCCCGUGAGGGACGACGGAUCUUCCACAAGAGCGACACUUUCCACAAGGACUCGUAUCAAUGACGACACUCGUUAUACUAGCAUACGGAGAGAUACUAACGGCUCCAUGCGCGACAGUGGCGCUGUCCACUGUCGAUCGGAUCGUUGGCGGCCAUUUUAAGCCUAGAUCCUGGACGCUACACUAGAAGCAGUCUAUACAUAGAUAUACGCCAUGCCAGUAGUCUUCUAGCGAUCGGUUUCUAGCGCCUUCUUAUAUUAACCUGACGGCACGUUCCAGUCCAGGAUCUAUGCGUAAAAUCGCGCGGACCAAGUGUAUCCCGAGGUUCUCCAACGGUGGCACAGCACGAGAGACGAGAGAAAAUGAAACCUUCGUUUCGACGUAAUCCCUUGUCCUUUAUUUCCUCUGCGACACGUUCACACCUCAACAGCAAUAAACGAAGCAACCCGACGAACGAAGAACAGGAACACCACGUGUGGAAAUACCACGAUCGUUUCCCUGGUGGGCAAAAAGAAAAGCUUCGAACGACGAUCGAUAUAAUUUUGAAAAAGAGAGAAUCUCGAGUACGACACGAGGAAGAUCGAGUCGAUCGCUGUGUCAUCGAACGGAGAACACGGAGCCGUUAUUCCUGCCGCGGGUCUUCUUCAUCGACGUCGGAAACCAAGCGAACAGAACGACACGGCGACGGACGAAGACCUCAACGACGACGAACAGCAGGCCUAGAAAUUUAUAGAGCGUACGUAGCCCAUCGUGGACUAGGUAGAAAAUCCUAAACGACAGUCUUAAACGAUGCGUAAUUUCUCUGUGAUUUUGCAAAAGCCGACGUUUCGCACUUUAGGAAAAGAGGUGAGGUGUUGAGAGAAAGAAACGCGGGAAAGAGAAUAAUCUAUACACGAGAACGAUUAGCAUUCUGUUUUUUUGUUCCCCUUUUUUUCUUUUUCUUUUUCAAAGACAACUAACUAACAUAGAGGAAGGGUGAGGAGAAACGUACUCGUGAAACGAGGGAUAUUCCAGUUAUAAGUUUGUUAACGUGUUUUGAA